GUUGUGCGGGCGACUCGUAAAUUUCCACCUACCACAUUCUCCGCCACGACUGCUCACAGCUUCCCAAACCCAACCAUGGCCGCCGCCGCCGCUGCCUGCUCCGCGCCUCCGCGCAAUCUCUUCUGCGCCACGGCGCAGCUUGCUCCCUCCGCCGCCGCCGCGACCAGCCGCCGGAGGGUCGGCUGCUCAAUAUCCACCCGCAGGUGGCCGUGCCGCCGGUGGGCCCACCGUCCGGACGCCGCGUCCCGGAUCCGGCGAACGACGCCUCGCCCGAAGGCGGCGAGGGUGAGCUGCGCCUACUCUACCGGCGCUGAAGCAAUCACUGCAUGUUCCUGGAACCAAUAUGUUAUCUGCAGUGAUGUACCUGUGCUUGUGGAGUUUUGGGCCUCAUGGUGCGGACCUUGUAAAAUGGUCCAUCGAAUUGUUGACGAGAUUGCGGAAGAAUAUGCUGGAAGGAUAAAAUGCUAUAAGAUUGACGCUGAUGAUUACCCACAAACUGCAACAUCUUACAAUAUUGAGAGGGUUCCGACUGUUUUACUAUUCAAGGAUGGAGAGAAAAUACAUAGUAUUACUGGAACUCUUCCAAAAGCUGUUUAUGUGAGGGCCAUUGAGAAAUCUUUCUCGCAACAGUGAUCAUUUCGGUCAUAAUUUAUUUUCAUUGUUUGGUCCUGAUAAUAUUCCCAUAUACUUGAUUUAUCACUGCCAGACUGCCAGUAGUGAAAGAGUACUGAAGGUAAAGUGGGAGUUAUAACAUGAGCUUCUGCUUGGACAUAGGGGUUAUCCUGCUUCGCAACUGUAAUGUAAAUAUUGAUGUAAUUCUGAAAAGAAAUGUUGAGCCUUUCUUUUUACUCCUAAGGCUGUAAUGGAUGAUAAUUGUUGUUAUUGAUGUGAAACAGGGUUGCAUAUUUAAGGUCCUUGGAAUAUAUCGUUAAAAUGAAGUCAAAUUAGGACUUCCCUUAUAUUUUA